CGGUAGACGGUGCGCUGGUGAACGAUAAGCGCAACACGGUAAGCAAGCAAACGAACAAGAAGAAGAAAUUGUGUGUUUGCAAUUGAGUGACGUGAAGAAGAAGCAGAGAUCGAAAUAAAAGAGCCGGUAUUUGCACAACUCCAAACAUAAACACAACUAACUGUGUUGGUCUAACUCCGAACGCUGCUCUUUUCAAUCCUCAGCUAAUCUUCCCAGUCCUGAAACAAAUUCUUUAAUUUCCGGUCACACGUUCGGCACUCAUCUCGAGGCGGUUUGAAGUGCGCGCUGUAACAAUCGCGUAAACAGUCGGUGCGCGUGUGUGCUUUGUUUAUAGGCUUCGCGUCGUGCCGCGCCCGCAAACCGGCCUAUUCAGCGGUUCUCACUUAGCGACGUGCAUUCUUCUCAUCGUUGUCGCUGUCAAUGUCAGCACUGAUAAUCCAUUACGUGCGCGUUCUGUUUGCAAUUUUCCAUUACAACAACAAACAAUCGACGGCUUAACACAGUUAAGAAAAGAGUGAAAAUAAAGAGUAACAGAAAGCGCUGGACGCGCAUCCAGCCUUGGUGUUAUUAAGAUAUACAAAUUGCAAUUAAACGGAGCGAAAAAUUUAAUCCGCUUAAAGUGUUUGCUCUCAGCUUAAAGCUUGUUGUAAAAAGUGUACGUGCGCCUUUAAGUUGCUGUUCCUUAAGUAAAACGCUAACGCGGCGCGCUGCUCUGUAAUCACUAUCCGCGCCACCGUUCAAGAGCUUUGCAACUUUACCUGUCAAAAGAGUGCGAACAAUGCGCGCUGCUAUCACGCGUGCAUAUUAAUGAGUUGCCAAGUGCGCACACCAUUACUAACACAAAAACUGCACAACCAUAUCGGUAUAAUAUAAGCCAAUUCCACUAACUAACUUCCGACUGGCAACGCGCAGCAAUCCGCACGAAGCGCCACUGCAUUAGCUACGCGCGACCGCGUUACGCAUAAGCCAACUCGCCGCGAGUCGCUGCUCACGCCUCAUUAAAGUGUCAUAAAAAGUUUCUGUUGUCAUGCUGUUACUGUGGUUUUAACAACAGCAAAAACAACAACAAAAGCAUCCCUACCCAUUUGUAACAGGAGCAAGAAAAAACCGAUUUGACGCCGCGCGCGCUAACAAUAGUAGAUUAUUAAAAGGAUUAGAAGAGUGUUGAAAGUCUCCGAAUACAAUGCUUGGUCGCGCGCCAUGCAAAGGACACUAACAAGCAAAUGUCUUUGUUCCAACCAACAACAAAGUUAAAAGUUUUUUUGAGAAGCCAACAAAACACAUUUGAAGGCGGCAGUGUUAACGCAGGCGGCGGGCGCAGCACAAACGCUUGCUGUUAAGGCUAGUUGAAAUAUUAUCCCGUGGAAAUGCUGAAAGUGCAAAAUCACCGGGAUAAGUGCGCUUAAGCAAAAGCGACAUUGUAAUAAUAACAACAACAACAAAAAAGGUGUCAUACAAACAAAGGUGAAAGGGUAGAUAGCGCAAACAGCGGUCGGUAUCCAAAAACCAAGGGCAUGUCAAGCGCAUAUGUGACAACCAAAAAUCUAACGGUAUUUGUCGGCAUGUAAAUGUACGCCACACACGCCGCCUAUAAAAGACAUAAAAAAUAACGAGAAAAGAACUGUCGAAAAUGAAAGCCACCGAGAAAAGUGUAGCGAAAUCACAGCUAAAACACUAAGGACACAUAUUAAAAAUAGAAUAAGAAACAAAAAAGGUGGUUAAAAAAUUGUCGUUGAAGUUUGAAAGACACGUUGCAACAGCCGCACACACACCACAGCGACAAAUACAGGCUGUAUGGUUUCGCAUGCUCAUCUGACGGCACAGCAAUGGCAGCUGACGACUGUUGCCUGGCCGAUACGACGACUAACAAACGAACAAGCACAACGACUACAACAACAACAACAACACCGACAACCAAAACACAAACUGUUGUAACUGCAGCAAGCGCAACCGCUUACACCACCCCCUCCAGCGCUGUCUGUGCGGCAGCUUGUCAACGCCACACAGCUGCGACUGCAACAACAAAAAGAACAGCACACAGCAGCGACACGACAACAGCAGUAGCUCCAAUAAACAGCAAACCAGAACACAUUGAGCCGCAAUAAACCGCAUAGCCGACGCCGUCCACACCACAGACACUGCCACAGGCAUUGCAUACGUGAAGGCGCACACCAGCGCACGACGAGCGCAGCCAAGUGUGCGGCUGGCGGCAUUGCAAUCACAGCUCGAUACGGCUGUUGAUUGUGCGGCGCUUUUGGUGAAAGUGCUGGUCAACGACCAACAACCAAUUCAGCCACAAAACAACAAUAACAAGUAGACGUGCACGCAGUACCUAUCAGCAUCGGCUGUAGAAGAGAGGAAGAAGGGCAAAAAAUAAACACGAAAUUAAAAGUGCGAAAGAAUCAAAUCACAGUCCUUAGGCAAUACGAGGCGCUCUGAAAUUGCGAUUGACUGUGCAACAGUGUGCGUGAGUGCGUCUCUGUUGCUGACACUGUUGUGCCUGAUCUUUUUUUCUGCGAACAUUCACUGAACUCGCUUGUCCUUCGUAGACGUCGCUACGGUUCCGCUGUUUUUUCGCUUUGUUUGUGUGUGGUGCUGUGCCAAACAAGUCCAACAAGCAGCGCACUCUUCCACGCCUACCACGAAGACGACAGCUAGUAGCGUGGGCGUUGAAUGCGCGCACCAGUGGAUAAAAGCGAGCACAAAAAACGUCAACAAACACAUUGCAAAAGAACGCGAAAAGCAAACAAAACAACGCAAAUAGCCAACGUACAACUGCCAUCGGUUGGCGUUUUCUACUUUUUUGCAAUUCUCUUCAAUUUUUAUUGGCUCACUCUCUUUCGUCGCUUUUAAAUUGACUUUGGAACAACGUUUCAACGAGCAUACGUUUGCGCGAUCUCCUCUACGGCCGCGUUGCCGGCCUCCUUUAGCCGUUGUCUGCUUUAAUUGAGUUGACUACUCGUACGAAUCUUCUCCGCAUCCGCAUCGUGCUCCCAACACCAGCAACCAGCAAGCAGCAGUUAGCAGCGAGCAAUAGUGUCAUAGCGAUGGCGUCAAAAUUUUGGUUGAAUGUUUGGUGUGCGCUGGUCGGCUGGUUUCCGUUGCUGGCGAAUGGCUACCUGAAUGUCUUCAUUAGCCAUCGCGAGGUCAUCAAAUUGAUGGGCUUGGAAGCGGACUUGUUCUAUGUGCACGAGGGCACCAUCAACACAUACGCCAUGCAUUUCACGGUGCCGGUGCCAGCAGAUGUGCAUGAUUUAGAGUUUUCAUGGCAGAGUUUGACCCCGUAUCCGCUGCCCUACACCAUCACAAUCGACUACGAGCACGAGCAGACCGCUUUGGCCGCGCCCACGCUCAGCAUACCCGACAAGGGCUAUGUGCCACAGCAGAUUGAGACAUUUCUGGUGCAUCUGCCGUGCACGGGGAAUGGCAAUAAGGAGGUACCGCUCGUCGUCAAUAUGCUCGUGAGCGGUCCGCCGCGCACUAAUGACACCAAAUUGCAUUUUAAACGGAAUAAAAUCUGCCUCAAAGGUUUAUUUCCUGUUCCGAAUCAAUCAGCGGCACCCGCCCAAGCGCCGUCGCCGGGUCACGCGCUCUUGGGUGCUGCGGCUUGUGCGCUCGGUUUGGUGCUGGUCGUCGGCUUGAUUGCGUCAGCCAUGUAUGUGCGCGCACGCAAGCAGAUACGCCAGGACUCGUUGCAUACCAGCUUUACUACUGCCGCUUAUGGCAGCCAUCAAAACGUUUUCAUACGCCUAGAUCCGUUGGGGCGUCCACCCAGCGCGAACAGUGGUUCCUAUGCGACUAUCGCUAGCCUGAAUAAGUACCCAUCGGAGUCGAAGAAGUCUUGCAACAUUUUUGACAGAUUUCGCAGCUCCACGCCGACACCCUCACCCUACGCGACCGCUCUACUGCCCGUGGGCGGCGAUCAAAUCGGCGAUACAAUCUACUCCAAACCAGAGUCGAUCUGUCCCUCGAGAAUAUCCUAUUACGCCUCGUCGCAGCUAACACAGGUCUACAGCAUGUCCACACCGAAGAGCAGUCGCGGCGGCGGCAAUGGCAGCGUUUUCGGUGGCGCUAGUUCCUCCGCCGGCAGUGGUAGUGAUCCCAAAGAAAAGCUACGUCGCAUACCCAACGUACAGCCGGGCACGCUUAUGUGCCAGCACCUUAUAAAGGAGGGCACCUACGGCCGCAUCUACGCGGGUAAUCUCGGUGACUCGUGCGAUGUAAUUAUCAAAACUGUCGUUGAUGGCGCCUCGCUGACGCAGGUGGCCUGUCUGCUGCAAGAAGCCUCGACGUUAAUCGGUGUGUGUCAUCCGAAUAUACUGACGCCUUUGUUGGCGAACACCGAGCUACCAGGUCCACCCGAGAUCGCCUACCCCUAUCCGUCCAAGGGCAAUCUCAAAAUCUUCCUACAGAAGUCGCGUGAGCUCAACUCGCCACUUAGCACCCGUCAACUGGUGGAGUUCGGUUUGCAUGUGACCAAGGGACUCGCCCAUCUACACUCGAUGGGUAUUAUACACCGCGAUGUUGCCACCCGCAAUUGCUAUCUUGAUAUGGAUUCCUACGUGAAAAUUUGUGAUAGCGCUUUAUCGCGCGAUCUCUUUCCCGACGACUAUCACUGCCUGGGCGACAACGAGAAUCGACCGCUCAAGUGGAUGGCUUUGGAAUCGCUACAGAAGAAAUACUUCAAUUCCUAUAGUGACAUUUGGACGUUGGGUGUUCUCUUCUGGGAGUUGGCCACAUUGGCGCUGACGCCUUUUGAAGAGGUGGAUAUUUUUGAGUUGAGCGCAUACCUCUCGGAUGGCUUUAGGUUGGGUCAACCGAUCAACUGUCCCGAUGAAUUCUUCACCGUGAUGUCCUGUUGCUGGCUGGAGGAUCCCAAGCAAAGACCAUCCUUUCCGCAACUACUCGCUUAUUUACAAGACUUUCACGAGGACCUGGGCAAGUAUAUAUAAAUUCAUGCAAAGCUCUUAAAGCGAGGAGUGUGAGAGAGCCUGCUAGGGCAAGGACAUUGCCCUCGAAGCGCUGCAAAUGUGUAAAUAGAUUGAAAGCCCGCCAAUAAACUUACAAAAAAUAGAAAAAUCUAUCAAAUUGAUUGGGCGUUUUAAAUUCAAAUUAGUUAGUUACAAAAAUACAACAACAAAAGUUAUGCAUGUGAAUGUAAAUAAAAAGCUACACAUACACACACAAACACAAAUACAACUGCAAUUGCAAUUGCAGCAUUCAAUUAUGCAAUGAUUUACAAAACGAAACCGCAAAAACACAAAAACAAAUAAAUGCAACAAAAAGCUGCAACUAAAUGCAUAGAGAGAGGAGAGAAAAACAUUAAGGUAUAUUUAAUGAAAUUAAUUAAAUUGGGCUGCAUAAUUUUUUUGAUUUAUAAAACGUGACCAAACACACACACAUACUCAUAUGUAUGUAUGCCCGCACAUUUAUUGUUAUUGUAUUGAUUGUACGCAUUAUUAAGCGAGUAUUUAAAUGUAUUGUGGUAUAUUUUUUAAAUUUAAGCGAAUAUAUAUGUAUAUGGAAGAUAUUUUUUACACACCCAUUUACUAUGUAAGCAUUAGAGCAAAGGAUGGUAUGGCAUUUUAUACGGUGUAACGGUGAACAGCGCCAGUACAUACAUAAGUAUAUGUAAAUGAAAAAUUGUUGGAAAAAGUGCGAGCAAUCGAGCUGAUCGAAUAGUGAAAUGAAACACUGGUAGUGAGCAACAACAGCAACAACUAGUAUAUUUCAAUAUUUACAUAUGUACGUGGAUAUAAUAUAUAUACAUACACACACUUACAUAUAUACAUAUUUGUAUUAUAUUAUAUUUACAAAAUAGCUAUUUAUCUAUAGUUAAUAUUUAAAAUCCGCACACACACAUGCAAACACAUGUUACUGUAUCUGUGUAAAUUGACACAGAGAGCGAGAAAAAAAUUGGAAAAAGAGCGCAACAAGAGCACAACACAAUAGCUGCAAUUGUGCUGAAGUUUAAGUAAAUUUAAUAAAUGUUAUCGACAACAAAGGACCCUGGAAUCGUAAAGCAUAACGACAAAGGGAUAAAUUCGUUGUUAACUUAUUGUAAUUGUAUGAUAUUAACUCAAUGCCAUAGCGAAAUUCACUUAACAAACACACCUGCCAUCAGCAACACACACACACUCACACACACAUACUGCCAUUAAUAUAGAAAACAUAGUGCAAUAAACCGCGAAAGGUCAAAAGCAAAAGCAAUUUCAUGUCGAUAGAACUUUUUUUUUAUUUUUUAUUAUGUUAUCUUCUGAGUACUUUUGUACGCACAGUUACUUUUAUUAGUUAAUUUAGUCAUACACUUAUUUACAUAUAAUUCAUGCAUGAAUGCGCACUUUUACGUACACAACAUACAGUGGCUCACAGCUUUUUUCGUGCAGCUGCAAACUUUUGGCCUUUAGCGAAAGAAAACUACUAAUGAUAUCAAAAAGAUUUAAAUGCAGAAUUUUUAUAAAAGUAUUUUUUAUUUGAGCAAUAACUUAAUUUUAAUCUAUUUGAGUGUUUGUGUUAUUAGUUUAGUAAAAAUACAAAGUAAAUGAAUAUUUCAGACCACUGCUUGAUUCGUGCACUGUCAACAGCUUAAGAAAAAACUUCUAUGAAACUGCUUAGUAUUUCGUAAGACCUCAACAACAUGUUUUUGGGUAGUUUCCCCUGGAGAUCUUAUGCCUUUCCUCGACUGUUGCAGUUUUUAGUUCGUUCACAUAUCUUUUUCGUGUCGCCUUGUCCAAAAUUGCUCACAAAUUUUCAAUGGCAUUUAAGUCAGGAGAUUGUGGAGAUGGUUACAUGAGGUGUGAACAGUUCCAAAUCAGCCAUAAUUACACAAUCGCCGAUUUGUGCUUCGGAUCAUUAUAAGAUAGAAAACACACACCGCAUGGAGAAGAGAGUGGCUAGAGAACUUGCAACAUGGAACAUCAAAUUCCAGAACACCUGAUUCUAGAUUACCCGUCAGUUUGUAGAAGCAAGCUCAAGACCUUAAGAUCCAUCACCUCAGUCGCGCUCAGCAAACCCUUGAAAUUAUUAUGAGGACAGGAGAGGACACAAUAGAUCAAAAAUCGCAGUGCAAUGCCUCACAUGUUGAUCUUCCAGUAUCUGUUUGUGCACAGCAUCAAUAGUUUCCGAAACAGAAACUAAUUUUGAGCGACCUUCACAAAGUUCAACUCGGAGUGAUCUACCACCUCGACUGAAUUCAUCAUAUCAUCGAUAAACACUGGUCUUUGAUGGAGCUUCAUCGCCAUAAAUUGAAUUAGGUUCAUCGAUGCGCUGUUGCAGGGUUAAUCCUCGUGGAGGCUUGUACAAAAAUGUUUGCGAGUUAAUUCCAUUUUUUGGUCGAGAUGAAUAUUUUAUUUUACUGUAAAGAACACAAAAGCACUCGUAUAACAAAACGUUCUGUAUAACGUCAGAAAUAUCAAAAUUUACGAUAAAGUUUUAAUUCCCAAUAACGGCUUCCAAAGUAGUCGCUUUUUUUGUGAAAAUUUUACACGUCAGAGUUGCUCAAAAAAUCGAGCAUUUUAUGAAAUAUUUUUCCUUCGAUCAUUACCUUUCAAAUAUUACUAAAAGGGUUGUGUGAAAAUAUUAGCUCGAAUAGUCAGCCCUUUCGGAUAAUUUUUCUCACCGACUCCGAAAACAGCGUUUCCAAGUUUUGGAAGCCGAUUAUAACAUAUGUACUUACAAAUUCUUUCAUAUAUCGGAAAAUAUUGCCCGAUGAACUUAACAUUUUCUAAAAAUAUUCUUAAGUAUACAUUUGUACAUUCGAUAUAUAGUAUAGACUGAUAGUUAAGGAAGACGAACUUUGGUCUGCUAUAUAUAAACAAAAAUUCGAUGUUUUGAUUCACAAGUGGAUAAAAGCUUUUCAGUUAGAGGGUUCUUUAUUAAAUGAUUUUUCAGCUACGCUACGUUUUUCCUACUGGGUAUUUAAGACUGAACUGUCUAUACAAACACAUACAUAUGUAUGCGCCACUAACACACACCAACUCUGCCACUUCGCCACCAUAUCAAAUCGGGCGAUGAGACGAUAAUCACCGUCUAAGCGCAUUUCGAUGUAUUUCUAAUUCACACUGCGAUUUUAUUUAGUUUUACAAACAAACAUAGAAAUAUUCAAAUACAUAUGUAUAUACGAACUUAAAUACUUUUGCAACACUAACGGUAGUUCAGAAUACAGGAAGCAAAAAACUUGAAUGCAAUACACAGAUAACAGAUACAAUAGAAAAUACAGAAUAGCAUGAAAGCAACUAAACAGACAAAGGAAGAAAAUAAAAACUCGAACACCGAAAACGAACAUCUGCCACGCCCAUAUCACGCAACACACACGCACACAAACAAAUCAAAGCCAACAAAACACUUAUAAUUGAAAAUAAAUUAUAACAAAUGAGGCAAAAAGCGAAAGAAAAAUGUAUUAAGUGAAAAUGAAAACAAAAACAAAAACAAAAAAAGCAUGAUAAUGGAAACGAAAACGAUUUGUGAUUGUGUCAAUGUUACAACUAAUUGUAUUUUAAUUAACUUAAUAAAACAUUAAAGUUGCAAACAAAUAGGAAAAUAAUAACGCUGUGAAAGCAAAGCAAAAACAGAAAACAAAAAUAAAAACUAAAACAAAAACUACCAACAAACAAUAAAACCAAUGAAAUACGAUUAACUUACGAAAAGCAACAAAAAUUCUACUCGUACUAUUUGUAUAUUUGUAUAUGUCUUCAUUUCACUCUAAGUGUUCUUUGUCCACUUUUGUACACGCUCACACACUCUUAAUAGGUAUGAUGACCAAGUGAAAAAACCAUCUUACAUACCGACAUGUAUACAAACAUACAUACAUACAUACAUACAAACAUACUAAAUACACACAUUCAAUGCUAAUAACUGUACUUGUAUACGUAACUCUGUAUUUGUAUGUAACUGUAUACGUAACUGUAACUGUAACUUUAACUGUACUUGUAACUUGUAUUUUGUAACUGUAUAUUCCAAUAGCUCAUCAAAUCAGCUCACUCACUCCAUCACUCUCACUCCAUCACUCACUCACUAAACGCUCUCACUUAAAACACUUUACUUAUGCAAGAGCAGCCUGUGCAAAAACCGCGCAGAAAUAUUUAAAAAAGAAAAUAGCGAGUAAUUAAAUAAAUUAUGCCGAACCAAAAAUCAAGUCUAAAUGUAAUUUCAACUCUAAAACCCCUCAUCAACGUCCCUAACAGCGUAAAAAAGAGCAAACAAAACUAUUACUAAAAUACUUAAAACUAAGCGGAAGUUGAAUCAGCACGAACUGCAAGUUCUUGAAGCUACUCUCGUACUAAAAACACAUGAAAACAAAAUCACCAAAACAAUACGAAACGAAACGAACUUGAAUUAUUAAACUAAACUAAAAUUUUCAAAAACUUUCAUAUUUGUCGCUAUAAACUUAAGAUUAUGAUGCGAAUGCGGACUUUGGUGUUCACAAUCUUUGGCUCAACUUAAUUUUUCUGUAAGUUCAAUCACAACAAAAUCGAAAAAACACACGCGAUUUACAAAGGCAGACAACCAACAUUUCACAACUAAAUGAAGUACAUCAUAAGUGCAUACUAUAUAAAAAAUCUAUAUAAAAAUAUAAUAAUGAUUUUUGAAAUUUGUUCAUGUUUCAUUCGAAAUUACUACUUUCAUCGGCGGCAGGUCUUUUUUUAAAGUUAUUUUAUCUUUUCUACUAGCGUUAUGAAACCGAUCUGAGUUCGGAAAAGUUUCUUUUUUUCUUUUGGACGAUAUCUUUACACACUUUGAUAUAAUUAAAUUUUAUUAAACACUUCAAAAUUAUUUGAAAUCAAUACAAUUCAUAAAAUCUGAAUCCGGUUUCAGAGCUAAUUCGAGAAUAUAUAAGACUUUCUUCGAAAAUGGUAACAGCUGUAUUCGAUUCGCCAAUUCUCUGCUCGCCUUCUUUGCGCGUUCAAAACUAACAAAUUACUUACCUUUUUUAGCGCCAAAGAAAGAAGCUAUACGUCAAAAAACAGGGUCACGUCAGAAAACAUGGUUACAACGCAAGUUCUGCCACUUUCUUUAAACAACUUGUUUGUUCGAUUCGCUACUCUCCAAAGCUUCGAAUCGAAGAAAGCUAAUAUGAAAAUUAGAACAUUUCUAUAAAUUUUGAUAAGAAAAUGUAAUAAGAUCUCUAAAUUGUUCCAAAAAGGUUGUCAUUUUGGGUGCACAGCAUUUUGGGAAUAUCUUCUCUGCAGUUACAAACAAGUUUAUUAAAUUAGUUGCCAAAUUAUACGAGCAGUAGGAUCAAAUAUAACUUAGAUUGUUUUAGAUCAGUUAUAUCCAUGCCAAUUAUUUCAAACUGACGUGCUCGAUAUAUAACGUAGGAUUCUUGAAAGUACCAUCUUUAUUAUCUUUUGGGAGUCCAGCUUUGGCACACAUCAUACCCAAAACAUUAACGGAAAUAUACAAAACAUUAGCCAAAAAUACGAAACUAUUAACCAAAGUGAUUGACUCGAUCAAUACGAGAGGUUGAGAUCCAGGACGAGUUGAGAUUUGACAAACUUCGUACCCAAAAUAAUAACCUAAACACUCAAAUCAUUUACCAAAUACCCAAAUCACUAACCAAAAUACCCGAAACAUUAACCAAAAUGAUCAAUAAGAGAUGAUCAGGUAGACUCCCCAAAAAACUUCUAGAACAUUUUUAAUGAUUCCGUAGACUUUAGAAACAAAAUUUUUUUUCAUAUCAAAAAUCGCCAGACACACUAUUCGCGUCGUAUAUAAAAAGGUGGAACCAAUCUGGAAAAAAAUUUCGAUUCGGUUUGUGCGCACAGUUUAAAUGGACCAAUCUGAAUAAAAUUUGAUCAGAUGUUAGAUAUUGUCAUAAUCUUAAAUAAUGGAAUUUAGUGAUGAUUAACUGAUUCUUAGCUAGACCGGGCAGUCCGCAGCAAAGGAAAAGUGAAUUUUUAUAUUUAAACUGUUAAGUUCUGACCUACUUUUAGCUUAAGGCAUGUGAUUAAUUUCCCGAAAAUAAAGGUAUGCGAUUAGUUUCUCUAAACAAAGCGUUACUACAAAUAGUUUACGAUUUCCUUUGGUACAUUAUAUACUUUGGUCUAUUAUAUUUGUCAGCUGUCUAUAAAUUUACUUUUUUAAUGAAAAGUAUUUAAAUAAAAGAAUUACACGCAAAAUCUACUGCCAGCUAACUAAUUCACAAACUUAAUGACCUACUAUUCAAUUGUUUGGCUUUCGCAGCAAUUAAAUUUCAUCCAACAUUCAUUCUGGCGAUUUAUUUGCGCACUGGUUGAAUGAAAAUGCAGCAAAUUGCUCGGCUGAAAUUGAAAAUAUUGCCAUUUUAUUUCAGAUAUUAGGUAUGCUAGGUAUGUACAUAUGUAUGCGCUUGCAACACACACAGUCAUACGCACAUACACACUUAUACACUCAUACGCACACAAAGGCAUAUUUUUGAAAGGCCACAUAUUCGCAAUUACCGUAAUCGCAUAAGAGAGAAAUCAAAUUAAAUGAACAUAGAAUCGCAAAUCAAAAAUAUUUGCGCUGAAAUGCAAGAAACAACUGUCCAAAAUGGAAGAAACAAAAGAAAAGCAAAAUAAAUAGGGUAAAAAAUAUGUGAAAAAAAUAUGAAGAUAACAAAAAACCAAAAAAAACAACAAUGAAAUGAAAUGAAAAAUGUUUGAAUGUACGAAAUGAAUAAACAAUUGAUAUUUUGUUCCUUUACUGAAAAUAAUGAAAA